AUGACGGUCUUUAUCGCCUCGCUAUUCCUCCCCAAGACCGUCCACUUCAAUCUCCCCGGUACCCCGCCGCGACUCUCUACCUCUGCCGAGAGGAAGCCGGGACGCAAGCCCGCAAAGGAUGUCGUCGACAAACAACCGAGCCUGUUUCGGGCCCCAGCCGACAUUACCCCUCCUGAGACCCCUAUAGAAGAAGAAGAGCCCGAGGACCCGUUCGCGAACGAGGAUGCCUUGCGCAUUCAUUUCCGGACCCCUGGCGGCGCGAAAGACCGGACCGGUGCUCCAGCUGAUCGCGGCUCUCCAACCUGGGGAACCCGCCGGGAUCAGCCCAAGUCCCGUGCGAGCUCACCUCUCCGGUCUUCCCUCCUCGAGCGCAAUGAGGAGCUGAACCUGAAAGCGAGAGAGCUCAGUCGCCAGGGCGUCACCCAACCACGGUCGCUUAUGCGGAGCGAGAGCCACGAUCGCGUCUUUACACACGCCAAUUGGGAGGUCGUGAACGCCGACCAGGGCAAUGGUGGUCUCCGCAAUGCCGCCGAGGCGGCCGCGAGAGAAGGGAAGCUCAAAGAGUACACCUGGGUCGGCACGCUGGGCAUGCCGACCGAUGCGCUCGAGGGAUCCCAGCAGAAACAAGACAUCGAGGACCGCCUCGCGACCGAGCAUGACAUGCUCACUGUCUUCUGCUCCGACAAGGACUUUGACGGCCACUAUUCACACUUCUGCAAGCAGAUCAUGUGGCCCGUCUUCCACUACCAAAUCCCGGACAAUCCAAAGAGCAAGGCUUACGCCGACCAUUCCUGGAAGUACUACGUCAACGUCAACCAGGCCUUUGCAGACAAGAUCGUCAAGUACUGGAAGAGGGGCGAUGUUAUCUGGGUCCACGACUAUCACCUGCUGCUCGUUCCCGGCAUGAUCCGUAAGAAGCUGCCCGACGCCAAGAUUGGCUUCUUCCUCCAUGUUCCCUUCCCGUCCUCCGAAGUCUUCCGCUGCCUUGCGGACCGAAUCGAGCUCCUCGAAGGCAUGCUGGGUGCCAACCUCAUCGGGUUCCAGAUCCAUGAGUACACGCGACACUUUCUGCAAACCUGCAGUCGGCUGCUCAGUGCCGAAGCAACCCCGGACGGCCUCCAGCUCGAGGAUCGCUUCGUCGACGUGGUAAACCUCCCAAUCGGCAUCGACCCCGUGAAUCUGGACGAACAUCGCCGGGAGGACGAGGCCCAGAGAUGGAUUGAUAUCAUGCGCGAGCGAUACCAGGGCAAGAAGCUCAUCGUCGCGAGAGACAAGCUCGACCACGUCCGGGGAGUCCGGCAGAAGCUCCUCUCCUAUGAGCUGUUCUUGAACAAGAACCCCCAAUGGAGGGGCAACGUUGUCCUGAUCCAAGUUGCCCUGUCCACGAGCGAGAAGUCGGAGCUUGACGCCACCGUGUCGGACAUUGUUACCCGAGUUAACUCCUCUUGGGCGAACUUGGCGUACCAACCAGUCGUGUACUUGAAGCAGGAUAUCGACUAUGCGCAAUACCUGGCCCUCCUUACCAUUGCCGAUGCGCUAAUGGUCACCAGUCAACGUGAGGGCAUGAACCUCACUUCGCACGAGUACCUUUCGUGCCAGGAUGGCGAGUUCGGGGAGAAAAAGCAUGGAGCCCUGAUCCUUUCCGAGUUCACCGGGACGUCAUCUCUCUUCGGCGGAAACGAGCUAUCUGUCAACCCCUGGGAUUAUCGGGCUUGUGCUGAUGCUAUCAAGAAGGCACUUGAGAUGAGCGACGAAGAGAAGGAGCUGCGGUGGAACAAGCUCUACGAGACCGUAACUCAUCACACAGGCUCCCAUUGGUUCAGCGAAUUCAUGUCCCGCCUGGAUCGUGUGUACGAGGAGCAGCACCGUCGUGACCAGACAUCUGUCCCCCGGCUGUCGAUGAGUGUCCUAUCCCAGCAGUACAAGCGCAGCGAGAGGCGACUCUUCAUCCUGGACUACGAGGGCACACUGGUGAGCUGGGGACCUGUCAACAAGAUCAUCCCCGUGAGUCCCCAGCGAACGCUCGACGUGCUUAAUGACCUUCUCCUCGAUGAGCGCAACACCAUAUAUGUCAUGUCUGGUCGCCGCCCGGAGGAGCUCGACCGCCUCUUCCGGCGGGUGCCCAACCUCGGUCUUAUCGCCGAGAACGGCUGCUUCUUGAAGGACUGCGGGAGCGACACGUGGACCGAGAUGGCGGAUCCGGACCAGAUCCAGAAGUGGAAGGAGUCGGUCAAGAGCAUUCUGGACUACUACCUCGAACGUACCCCGGGAGCGGAAAUUGAGGAGCGUCGCUGCUCGCUCAUAUUCCACUACAAGUCUUCCGAAGACUACGAGACGGCUGCGCGACAGGCCUCGGACUGUGCCAGUCACAUCAACGACUCGUGCGAGGAGCAGCGGGUACACGCAAUCCCGCUCGAUGGCUGUGUCAUUGUUGAGCCGAUCGACUGGACCAAGACCACCGCCGCCCAGAGGGUCUUUGAGAACCUACUCUCGAACAUGGUACCCGAUGAACGACACGAUGGACCAGUCGACUUCAUGAUGGUAGUUGGUGACGGCAGGGAAGACGAGAAGGUAUUCAAGUGGGCAAACUCCCUCGGGGAUAGUGGCGUCGUCAAGGAAGUCGUCACCGUCAGCCUGGGAAGUAGGAACACGGAGGCUGGCGCAACCUUGACUCAGGGAGUGAGCGGUGUCCUCAUCGCACUUCAGAGGCUGGCAGCCUUUUCUCGGACCAAGAUGGCGCCUUUCCCUCCACCUCCGGUCAACACCAUUGACUGGUCUGACGUCGGCUUCCGUGUCCGAGAAGUCAAUGGUCACAUCGAGUCGCACUUCUCCAAGCAGACCGGCAAAUGGUCCGACCCAGUCUUCGUGGCAGACCCAUACAUCCGCAUCCACGGCAUGGCCCCGGCGCUCAACUACGGCCAGCAGGCCUACGAGGGCCUCAAGGCAUUCCGCACGCCCAGCGGCGCCAUCACCGUGUUCCGCCCGGACCGCAACGCGGCGCGCAUGCGCCACAGCGCCGAGUGCAUCUCGGUGCCGGGCGUGCCCGACGCGCUCUUCCUCGACGCCGUGCGGGCCGCCGUGGCGCUCAACGCCGAGUUCGUGCCGCCGCACGAGACGGGCGCCGCCAUGUACGUGCGCCCGCAGAUCUACGGCUCCAGCGCCCAGCUGGGGCUCAGCCCGCCCGACGAGUACACCUUCGCCGUCUUCGUCCUGCCCACGGGCGUCUACCACGGCACGCACCCCGUCAAGGCGCUGAUCCUGGACGAGUUCGACCGCGCGGCGCCGAACGGGACGGGGAGCGCAAAGGUCGGCGGCAACUACGCGCCUGUGCUGAGGUGGAGCGAGAAGGCGAGGGGGGAGGGGUUCGGGAUCACGCUGCAUCUGGAUAGCCAGAGGCAUGAGGAGGUGGACGAGUUCAGCACGAGCGGAUUUAUUGGGGCGAGGGUGGACGGCGAGGAUGUCACGCUCGUGGUGCCGGAUAGCAAGAGUGUUAUCAACAGCGUCACGAGCGAGAGUGUCCAGCACAUUGGGAGGAGUUUUGGGUGGAAGGUCGAGAAGCGACCGAUCAAAUACGCCGAACUCCCCGAAUUCCAGGAAGUCAUGGCGGCCGGCACCGCGGCGGCGCUCGUGCCGAUCCGCUCCAUCACGCGGCGCAUGGACGCGUCCUCGCCGCAGUCGCUCGCCGCCUCGGUCAAGGCGCACCCGCGCCUAGCCCUCGCGGCCGGCGAGGAGACGGUUACGUACAUCCCCGAGCCGGAGGACGACGCCGGCCCGCUAUGCAGCAGGCUCCUGGCGCAGCUCAAGGGCAUCCAGCUCGGCAAGGUCGCGGACGAGUUUGGGUGGUGCUUCAAGGUCGAGGAGAAGGACGGGCAGAAGGUCGUCGGCCCCUCGAGCGGCGGGGCGAAUGCGCAGACGGUGGACCAGCUUGAUUGA